AUGGCAAAACCGCUUGAACAUGAAGAGCAAUUUGAGUUCAUUCUUGCUGGCUUAACUAAAGACUACCGGUCUGUUAUUGACCAGAUUGAAGGACGUGAAAAGCCUCCCUCCAUCACCGAGGUUCAUGAAAAAAAUUUCACUAGAGAAGCAAAACUGAUGAUUGCUGUAUCUUCUAUCUCUACUUCAGUUCCAGCCUCCGACAAUGUUGCCUCACGUCAACACCAAUCACGCAACUUCAAUGGUAAACAAACUCAGCGCCAGACUCAACCCUGGAACAACACCAACCAGCAAAAAUAUCAGUCUUCAAGACCUGACAACCGUAAAUCUUGUGGCUAUCAAGGCAAGUGUCAGCUCUGUGGUUUUUUUGGACAUAGUGCUAAACAUUGCAGUCAACUACAACAAUCCAAUCCUGCAUCUCAGUCUGGUCUACUCCCGUCUCCUUUUCAUCUUUGGCAUCCGCGUUCAAACUUUUCAGCAGCUUCCUCCAAUCCAUGGGUAAUGGACAUUGGCUCUACUCACCACCUCACCAGCUAUCCCUCCAGUCUGUCACUUCAUUAG